CGAACUAAACUAAACAAUAAACUAACUGUAAAAGUUAUGCAUCUGAACUCGUCAUUUAUGCGGAGUCAAAACUAGAGAAAUGGUCCUAGUGGUCGGGACUCGGGUUCAUGCUUUAGAAACGAAAUGGGUCGGAUCAUGAUCCUACGGUGAAACUCGACCACUUACUUGAUAACUUCCCGGAAAAUACGGCAAUUAACCCCGUGAAAACCGAAAACAUUUUGUAAAAAAUAAAAAAUAAAAUAAAAGAAAAACACCCGCACUGUGAUUCGAACUCCAUGCAUGAUAAAAACAAAUGCAUGAAUUGCUGCUUUCUGAAUUCUGAUCACGAUGAAACUCCAGGUACUCCCUCACAACGCUUUUCUCGCACACAUAUCAGUUUCGCUCAAGGUAGAACUUUAGGUCUAUAGUUUAAUUGUCAUUCAUAUUAAACGAAGAAAAAUUAUGGAAAAUAAUUGAGGGGUAAGAAGGAAUCGUGCAGAUUUGGUUUUCUUGUGGAUUUCAGAACAAGUAGCAAAAUUUGCUUGAAGAAUUGGAGAGUCCGUUACCGACGGAUUUGAACAACAAUGGAGGAGUUGUCGUCAGAUAGGUCGGAGUUGCGCGGAAUGCAAAGAGAGCAAGAGCGCGAACUACGUCGCGUAAGGGACAGGCAGAGGAGGCAGUCUAUGACCGUUGAGCAGAGAGAACGGCAUCUGGCACGCUGUCGUAGGAACUAUCAACUUAGACGACUGAGAGUUGAAAAUGCUAAAGCAGGGGAUUUCCCAUCACAUGUACAGCAAAUAAGCAAUGAACAUGAAGCGGCAGCAUCAGGAGGGAACAAUGACGUUUGGGAAGUUACUCAGCUCGAAAAAACAACCGGGGAAUGUCUGCAGCACUCCGAAUGUUUGGAGGCUGUAGCUUCUAAAUCGGCUAAUUUCCCAAAGCGGUUGCGUUUGAGUCAUAUAAGGCGGCUUGCGCGUUGGUUGAAUAAUUUAGAUGGCGAGGUUAUUGGUAUUCACCAAAUCGUAGCACAGGUUUCCGAAUUGGAGAUUUUGGAUCUGGGAGGCUUCCAAAUGGACUGCGUUUCAGUCGUGUUAAACGUCUUGCGCAGUCAAUAAAUACUUCUACAAAUGAGGCUUCUGUUAAUGGCCCGAAAGUCGAACAGAAUGUCUGUGGAAGAGAUUCGAGUGAUCAGUGAUGAUAAGCCUAAAUUUGGACAAACUAUUGAUGUUAGAGGAGAAGCAGAACGACCUAACGUGGAUGGUAAUUCUCAGCUGCAUUUUCCAUGUGCGUAAAGCAAUGGUUGGUGUUUUCAUCUGCCUUUUUUUUUAUUUAAUUGUGUACCAGAGAAUUCCUCAUUGAUGUGCCCCGUGAGAUGGUGGUGUCCCGUUUCAGGAUAAACACUCCCUCGUGUACUAAUGUCAGGACAUGAACUUUAAUCAUGCACAAGAAAUGGACUUUAUGCAGCUCUUCUCUACAGGUUUUUUACUGAAGACCAGUAAGUUGGAACUGUUAAUCUGUGUUUUCUUGGAUUCACGUCUAUUUGUCAUCGAUAAAAGAUUUAACUUUAACUUUAGAAGAUGAAAUGGACAUUAAUUCUCACACAACAAGAACACGGGUGUAUGUAUUCUGUGUCUGUUAUCAUUGGUGCACAUCUGCAGGAUAUGUUACUACAUCGUCAAGUUGUUAUUAUCUCUUCUCUUGUUACUUAAAAACAAAGGGUCAGUUGACGUGUGACAUUAAGAUUGAUUACCAUUUUUUUAGUCGAAGAUGUAAAAUUUAAGGCAUGUAGACCACACGCACAUUUGUCUCAGUCAACAUGAGAUAACUAGGCAGUGGAAUUGCCGGGAGCGAGCCAUUGAUGAUCAACACAUUAAAUAAUAAAGUCGAUAGAAAUUGAGCCUUUAUUGUAGUUGAUUGAUGCUUUAUAGUAAUGGCUGAUUGUCGUUUCCAAGCAACUUAAUUCGAGUUUUCACCCUUAUCAUCCCAUUGUAACGCCUUCACCACCCAUGGUAUAGCAAUUAGAGUUCUUUAGGAAUCACCAUGUCCAUUGCAACGAACUUCUGAGAGUUUCGAAGCUACAUUAUUUUUAGGCUUCCCAGCUUGUAGUUUUGUCUUUUGUUUCAUCUAACAUGUUUUGGAAGCAAAACAAGAAAAAUUAGUGUUAGGAAAUCUUUAUGUAGUGCUGAUCGUUUGUUUUAACUUCUCCUUUAUAUUUCAAGAUUGUAUGACAGAGGAAGCUAACCGAUGACGAAAGCUUGUUGGAUUCAGAAAACUUGUUGGCAAGACUCGCCUAUUUCUUCAAACAAUUACUCGUAGUCAGAAAAUCCAGGAGCUGGAGUUACGUUUUGCUGCGCUGCUGCUGGCAGAUUUUGAUCAGGGGAAGAGAAAAUAUUCAUGAAGGCCUUGAAUUAGGACUGUACUUGUAGACCGCAUUGUCAAUGAAUUCUAGCUUCUCGUUGAAACUUUGGUCAAGUUUUACUGUUCAUUGUGUUUUUUCUGUUUCAGGUUGCACUCCACAAUUUGUUUUCUCUGCAUCAUAUAUAUUGCCAACCUGUCACAUUUUCUCGUUGGGUCAAGUAUGAACAAGGAUUUCUCAUAUUGCACUGCAUAUUUCAUUGUUGGUGGCAUUUGAAGUCAAUCAUAUACUGCAACCGGCCUAAUGUUGC